ACGCGACUUCCUUUUUUCUGGUGGUUUUCAUUAGCAUACUAACUGUACAUUACACACUUAUCACCGUUUCGCCCCUCGUUGCCAAAUUCCUUCCUGUUAUCGCCAAUUCCCAAUACAUGCCCAACAAUAAAUCUGGACCUACUCAAUAUUCAGCUUUAGACAUUACUAGCUCCCUAUCGAAGCCAGAUCCCGAGGCUGCCGCUUCGCGUAUGUCUGACAUCGCUCUGCGGAAGAAGAAGAAUGCGGAUGCACAGGCCGCUUUUCGUCAACGAAGGGCCAAUUAUAUCGCGACGUUAGAGGAGACAGUCACCAGUUUAGAAUCAGUCGUUCUCCAGCUACAAGAUUCAUGCCGGGAAGCUCGCUCUGAAGCAGCUGAUUUGCGACAAGGCAAUAUACGCCUGAGACAAGACUUUCGUGAACGGGAGAGCUUCUGGAGAGCACUUUGGCAAGCUAGGAAAGGAGGACAAGUCACAGAGGCAGAUGAUUUAGAUUUACCUCCAUUGCCAUCUUCCUUCGCUACGCUGCAACACACCAACUCUGCUGGCCAAAUCGCUCAGACCACUAUCUCUACUGUUAAUCAAUACCGGGAUGAAGGUACAGUAUACCAAUCAAACGAUGAAUCAUCCAAUGGUUUUUGUCGUGAUUCAUACGGGGCAGGUUCCAGUCAAAGCUAUGCAGAUCACUCCCCUUCGCUGUCUUAUUCGGGUGCGGAAAGGUCGCAGCAGGGUGAAGGAUCCUCUCACCAUUAUUCUCUUUAUGAUCGAAUAUCAAAACAAAAUGAAUACAAUUACCCUGUAUCGAAUUCUACCUGCGAGGCGGCCCCUUGGUCUCACAGUAUUCAAAAUAAAUCUUCCUCCGAAUCCCCCAUGCUGACGACAGAAAUGUCGUACAACAGUUGUUACUCUGAUGACCCGAAGUUGCACUUGAACACGUUGGAUACCGCUCCUUAUAUUUUCUCUUCUAGCAGAUCACUCUCUCCAUCCACGUCCACACCCCCAUCGUCUUCGACUACGUCAUUGACGUCCACAUUCCAGUUUUCGUUUCCUGAUGGUUCCAUUACUCAGGAUCAUCACGAUUUCGAAUUUCACGGGCACACAAGUGCUCAUAGUGCUGAGGUCACGUUACACGGUGGUACAGCUGAUAUUUCAGUUCGUGGUUCAGGUAGCGAUGGAGUCCGUUACAGAGUAGGCGCUCGGCGCGCAAAUUCUGGGCCAGAACGCCCCUUACUUCCUGCCAUUCCUUACUUUUCAGGAAGCGAUAAUAGCUCUCAACACGAACGAGGAAGUAGCGAGGGAGAAGGAACAUAUUCUCAUCACCUUAGAUCGCGACCUCAUCGAGGGACCCCCCAACGAGAGUCCCGGUCACCAUCACCAGGAGCGCCACCAAUAUCAGGAACUCUUGCUGUCAUUAAGGCUCAAGCAUUCGGUGCACUUCGCAGAACUCGUGUACGAAGUAAAAAGUCUUCAGACGGUGCUGCCAAGGUUGCCAUGGAGGUGUUGGAAGCUAGAGGGAUUGGCAUGGGCGUGGGGGGGGGCAUAAGUUCAAAGAGGCCUCGCUUACUCGAUGAUACUGAAGUGCUGACGUGAGCACAAUGGUUCGCUUGUCAAGUGGUAAUCUUCGGACGUCUGAAUUGGUAUACCGCUCCAUUUGCACAAUUAUUAAAUUUGCGAC